AUGUUAUCAUUUUGCCCUCUAUGUAACAAUAUGCUACUGAUAACCACUGCUGAUAGCGGGGUAUACACAUUGACGUGCCGUUCAUGCCCAUACGAGUUCCCCAUCGAAGGAAUAGAAAUAUACGAUAGGAAAACGCUACCAAGGAAGGAGGUGGAUGAUGUUCUUGGUGGUGGAUGGGAUAAUGUUGAUCAGACAAAGGUGCAAUGUCCUAAUUAUGAGAAAUGUGGUGGUGAGAGUGCUUAUUUCUUCCAAUUGCAAAUUAGAUCCGCUGAUGAACCUAUGACAACUUUUUACAAGUGCGUGAAUUGUGCCCAUAGAUGGAAGGAAAAUUGA